AGUUCGAAGCAUGAGGCACGCACAAAAACCUAUUUUAAAAUCCAGUCCGACAAGAGUCGAAAGAGCUAAGAGAUAUCUGAUUAUUGCGGGAAUACCAAAACGCCGGUGGCGCCUGAAAGUUCCCGUGGCCUUGUGUUUCUUUUUCUUUUGGUGCGAUUCUUUGUCGAGCCGUCAAUUUCUCAGUACUCUCUCUCUCUCUCUCUCUCUCUUUCGCGAAAUUUCUAACGAGUUUGAGGUCGAGUGUGGAUUUUUUCUACAGCUUGAACGAUUGUGUGAUAAAGUUAGUAAUGAUGCAGCGUGAGCAAAGACCAAUAAUUUGUGUAGUGUAUUAGAUAAAGUACUUGGUAAAAUUAACGUAAGCUAUAGGCAAGAACACUGCAUUAAGUAUAAGCGUUAAUUACCAUACAUUUAUCAUCUAAUCUUAUAUGAUUUAAAUAACGAGUUAAAGUUAAACUUAAUGCUCGAAUUAAUUAUUUUUUGUGAACAUUUACCAUAAACUGCCUAGAAUUAUUGAAACAAUGGCUAAUUCUGAACAUGAAUCGGAUCACAAGGAGAUAAGGAAAUCAUCAGGGUGGAGAAGGUUUACGACUGCAGAAAAACUGCUAUUAGUUGUGGUCGUAUGCGGCUUUGUAGCUUGUGUUACUCUUCUUAUUGGCCUCGGAAUAUUGGUUAGCCAUCACACAAGUUGCAACAAAACUACUUCUGAUAAUUUAAAAAAGAGAGAGAUUUCAGUUGCUCCCAUCGCAGUAAAACCAGAUGAUGCGUUAACUCAGGACAAUAACACAAGAAACCAGAAUGCGUGCCAUGAAUUCUGUUCAUCUUUGAGCUGCCAAAAUGAAGCAUCUUUUUUCAUUAAUAAUAUUGAUCAAAAUAUUGAUCCCUGUGAGGAUUUCUAUCAGUUUGCAUGCGGAAAUUUUAUAAAAAAUGCAAUCAUCCCUGAUGAUGAAAACAAAAUUGAUAUGAUGAGUAUUACUCAAAAAAAGGUAUUGUCCGAAUUAGUUGAUGAAAUAAAGAAAGAAAUACAACCUAAUGAAAUAAGUGCUUUUAAAAAAUUGAAAAUUUACUAUCACAAUUGCAUGAAUAAAUCUCGAAUUCAAGAAGAGGGUACAUACACAUUGUUACGUAUAUUAGAUGAACUUGGUGAUUGGCCAGUCUUACUAGGUGAAAGCUGGACAGACAAUAAUUAUAAUUGGCCUGAAAUAGUUUUUAGAAUUAAAGAUCAUGGUUAUCCCGUUCUGUUUCCGGUUACAUUUUAUGUUGGAAUUGAUCCAAAAAAUACUACUAAAAAUAUUUUAAAAAUUUUAGGUGCUACUACCAGAGUAAGUCCAACGUAUUUAUUAGAUGGUCCGUCCGGUAAGAUCCCGAAUGCUUACUAUGAUUACAUGGUUGAUAUUGCAGUAAUGCUAGGCGCAGACAAAGAUUUUGCAACUAAAGAUAUGCAAAAGUGUCUUGAUUUUGAAGUUGAACUUUUUAAUAUACAAAGCUCUUUAGAAAUACUAAUGAAUAUAACGGCAACUCAUAACCCAAUCACCAUUAUAGGGCUGUCAGAAAAAUAUCCUAGUAUCCCAUGGUUGGAACUUAUCAGCGAGGUUCUAAAUCUGAGCAACGUGUCAGUUGAUGAGAAUGAGGUCGUAAUUGUCAAUGACCUCAACUUUUUCUCCAAAAUAGAAAAACUUAUCGCUCGAACCCCUAAACGAGUGAUUGCAAACUAUCUGAUAUGGCAGGUAGUCUAUGACUCCAUAGACUAUUUGCCGGAUGCCUUUCUUGAUAGAAAAUUGAUGUUCUCAAGAGUCGUCCGUGGGGUCAAGGAGCGCAAACAUAGAUCCUACUCCUGUAUUCAAGAUGUUAUGGAAGGUUUUUCUAUCAGUCUCAGCGCACUGUAUGUGCGUAGGUAUUUCAACAAGGAGAUCCAAGAGAAUGUGCUGGCACUGGUGCAGAAUGUAAAAAAUCAAUUCAGGAAGAUGUUAGAGGAGGUUGAUUGGAUGGAUAAUGACACUAAAGAAACUGCACUUGAUAAAAUUGACGCAAUGGAUGUAUUUGUGGGAUACUCUGACGAACUUUUUGAUGAUCUAAAAAUUGACAAGUAUUAUGAGGAUCUUGACAUCAAUUAUGGGAGUUAUUUGAAAAGUGCCUUUAAUAUUUCAUUAUUUUUUACAAAACAAUAUUAUGCAAGUUUGAGGGGUCCUGUAAACAAGAAAGACUGGAAAGAUAAUAAAAACGCAGCUAUAAUAAAUGCAUAUUAUUAUUUACAGAAGAACACUUUCGAGAUACCAGCUGGCUUUUUGAGAGGAUCUUUCUAUCGCUAUGAUAGGCCGAAAUAUUUGAAUUACGGCGCGAUUGGCUCCAUAAUCGGCCAUGAGAUCACACAUGGCUUUGACAGUGAAGGACGGAAAAGUGAUAAAAAUGGUAACCAAAUUGACUGGUGGCAAGCGAGUACCAAGAUUAAAUAUCUGGAGAAAGCAAAUUGUUUUGUACAACAGUAUAACAAUUACACUGUUAAAGAAACAAGUCUCAAAAUAAACGGCGAGCGUACACAAAGCGAGAAUAUUGCAGACAAUGGUGGCUUCAAGGCUGCUUACUAUGCGUACAACGCAUGGAUAAAUCACACAGCUGUCUUCGAGCCCUGCUUGCCUGGACUAAAUUACACAGCGCAACAAAUGUUUUGGAUUAGCGCAGCCAAUAACUGGUGCCGUAAGCAGAAUCCCGAGAAGAUUAGGGAUGCAAUCGCUCGAGACUGGCAUAGUCCACCAGUGGCCCGGAUCAACGUGCCAUUCUCUAAUAUUCACGAGUUUGCAGAGGACUUUAUGUGUCCAAUUGGCACAAAUAUGAAUCCUGAGAAGAAAUGUAUUAUCUGGUAGACUGUACAAAAUUUUAAAAGUUAAUAAAAUCAAAUUCGUUAAAUA